AUUUCUGUUUAUAUGACAUAUAUAUACAUUAUGACAUAUUAGCACAACAAUACAACCAUUACUAUGAAAAUGGAGGUACAAUUACAACACAUUUUUGGAUGCUCUAAAGGUUAUGUAUAAUAAAUUUUUAUAUUAGCAGUACAAUACACCCAGUACUGUGAAAAAAUGACCAGAAUUUUUGCAGAGCUAGCUUACACAAUGAGAGUGAACGAGAAGUGCGAUGUCUACAGCUUUGGAGUGGUCACAAUGGAAAUAAUAAUGGGAAUGCAUCCGGGUGAUCUCAUCUCCUCUCUUUCUGCACCAGCAUUUUCCUCCUCGUCGUUCUCUCAAAUCAACCAGCAUACAUUGUUGAAGGAUGUGAUAGACCAACGUAUCCCACUUCCUGAAAAUCCAGUUGCAGAAGGUGUGGUCUACAUUAUCAAAAUAGCAUUUGCAUGCUUGCUUGCCAUUCCCCAAUCUAGGCCAACCAUGCGACAAGUAGCUUCGGAGCUCAUAGCUCGAUGGCCUCCGCUGCCAAAGUCAUUCUCCGCAAUAACAUUGGAAGAUCUGAUGCCUCAAACAACUGUGACAGGCUGAGAAUUUUCUAAAAGAUUUUGUAUAAUUAGUAUGUGAUUGUUCCUACUUAUGUUAUUUUCAAUUUUCGUAGCUUUGUUUGUAAUAAAUUAUUUCUCUGCUUUGUAUUUUGUUUCUUCAACGAUUAAUAUGUUUUAGUACAGUAUUAUUAUCAAUCAAUGUGAAUAAAGGCUCUUUGCUAUGAGGAGGA